UUGCAGUUGAACAUGUGGCUAUUUAUUGCAAUGAUACUAGCACAUGGUAUUUGUGUUUCUUGUAUUGAAUCACCCUUUGACCCUAUGCUAUUGUAUCAGACCACUACAGUUUCUUAUCAAGAUGAAGUUGUAUCAAAUGUAACAGUGGAAAAUAUUAAAGAUGGUGAUAACACAAGUGCUGAUAACAAUGAUAAAAAUAACGGUGUAGUAACAUGGGAAUGUGGUGUUGAUUUUUUAACUAAAUUUAUCAGUGAAUCUAAAAUUGAUCGAAAUUGUCCACGACUAAAAAGAUUAAUUAAUCAAUGUUGUAUUGAACAUGAUAAUUGCUAUAAUGAACAACGAGGACGAACAUAUUGUGAUGAUAUUUUUUGCGCCUGUCUUGAUGUUGCUACCAAAUCUAAUCAGGUUUGCCAUAAACGUUAUGGAAAAUCAUUCUGUGCACUUGUUCGAAAUUUUGGUGAAUAUGCUUACAACAAUGCUGGAUGAGAAGAAGUGAUGAAAAUAAAUAUCACCAAGAAUUUAUUCACAGGACGUGACAAGAUUUAUACGACAAAAAAAUUAAAAAUGCAAUUAAAAAGGAUUGCAACAAUCAAUUGAAUAAUCUUUUCUGACAAAUAUAAAUUAACGUUUCC